AUGCAUCUCAAGAUCCAGCCGACUGAAAUAUGUUUUGUCCGCGGGCUUUCAGGGUACUUCCACAAGGAUCUCCAGGCAGUGAAACAAAGUUCAAGUUACGAUCCUUUGGUCGAUAACGUCUCACCUGUGACCGCGGGGUUCAAAAGCGUUGUCCAAGCAGGAGAGGUGAUCUCAGUUCUACUUCGUCUUCCCAAUGGAGCUGUGGCCAUUGGGGAAUGUGUCGAUGUCAUCUUUUCAGGGGCUGCAUCUCGCGAUCCUCUUUUCGAACCCAGUGAGCAUCUGCCACUGCUGAACGCAGUAAUCAAACCCAAGCUUUUGGAAUUUGAUGUCUCAACAUUCCGCUUGAACUCCAUUACAAUUGAUGAGCCGUGGCCAGAACUGGGCAGCAAAAGGCUACACACCGCUGUUCGCUAUGGCCUCAGUCAGGCUCUUUUAUCUGCAACCGCUCUCGUGCACCAUUGUACCAUGGCUGAGGUCGUCUCCCGAGAGUGGAAUACAAGGAUCAGCAAUAUGCCGAUUGAUAUCCUUGCCUCUUGUCACCGCAAUGACCACUUACAACUGGAUCGAAUGAUUAUGAAACAGGUGGCUCUCCUACCACAUGCUUCAUUUGUCCAUGUAAACGACAUUGGUCCCCAGGGCGAAACAAUGCUUGAAUAUGUAGCACAUGUUUGUCGACGAAUCAAGGACCGAGGGGACGCCGAAUAUCAACCCCGACUCCACUUUGAUGUCUACGGAACAAUCGGUGAUGCUUUUUCAGACGCGGAAAUACCGGACUUCCUUGAACGAGUUGAGCGGGUGGCACAGCCAUAUGAAGUUCUCAUCGAAUCUCCCAUUGUUUCUUCUAGUAGGGACUCACAAAUUCUACGUAUGAAGCAAUUGAAGAAGUCUCUUGCGUCUCGCAGAAUUAAUGUUAAGAUCGUUGCGGAUGAAUGGUGCAAUACACUGGAAGAUAUCAAAUUGUUCGCUGAGGCUAAUGCUGUGGACUUUGUGCAAGUGAAAACACCUGAUCUAGGUGGCCUUCACAACUCUAUUGAUGCGGUGAUGUACUGCCUGAAGGAGAAUAUUGGUUGUUGUCUCGGUGGAUCGGCGAAUGAAACGGAUAUUUCAGCGCGAGCAACUGCACAGGUUGCUUUGGCUACGCAGCCGCAAUUUCUCCUAUCAAAACCUGGAAUCGGUGCUGACGAAGGAGUGAUGAUCCUGACCAAUGAGAUGGCCAGAUCUUUGGCUCUGAUAAAACAUUGUCAGUAG